AGCUCCUAUAUAUUUCAUACAAGAUGUUUCAGGAUUCGCUGCUGAUUAUUAAGCCUGAUUAUUUGCAUAAGCGUCGGCCUGUGCUGCUAAAGCUGCUGGCCUCUGGAUUUCAACUACAGGGCAGUCGUAAACUGAAUUUCUCACCCGAGCUGGCCGCCGAAUUCUACUCCGAGUAUGCAGAAGAAAAGGGCUUUAUGCUGGAGGUUAUACUGCUGUCCAAGGGCAUAUCGGAAGCUUUUAUAGUAACCAAAGUGAAUGGAGUGCAAGAUUUGCUUAAUAUUAUGAUUUGCUACUUUGGCUCUUCUUCGGAGCUGGAACGCAAUAUACAUGUCACCAAGCAUCCGGAUAGCGUUGCACGCGAAAUUACUUUUAUCUUUCCCAACUAUAUACAUGAGCCUAUUCCACUGUUUGAUCGCAAUCGCUUCUGCAAUCGUCCCAUGCUCAAGCCGCUUCUAUCGGAGAUCUAUGACAUUUUGCAGAAUGUGGAUUGCAGCCAGGAGGACUGGAAAGUGCGUGUUGCUGACUAUAUGGUGCGCAGUAAUCCUGCCAUGCCGCUUAUUACCAAUCAGUGUCUGCUGAAUCCGGACAUAAGCAUGCAGGAGAAGUCGCAGCAGACAAUUAUGACCUACAAGUCGCCGGAUAAGGCAGCGCAGCCUAAAGCAAAGACCAAGAGCGAAAGCACCAGCUCCAUGAUAUCGAGCAGCUCGCCACACUCUUCGCUGCUGAUGACCUCAUCCUCUUGUGUUACCUGUGGCGGCUUCGAUCACAGCGAGCCUUGCAUCUCCGAGCUGGAUCUGACCAAGCGCGUCGAACCGCAAAGCGAUGAGCCCAUAUGCGAGGAUGAAGAAAUUAUUUGGAAGGAGAUUAUUGUAUACGAAGAAGAAGCAGCUGAGGAAGAGGAGGAUCAACAGCUGCCAAAGAUAGGUUGGGAGGAUGAGCAUGGCCCCGAGAUUGAGCAUGAAAGAUCAAUAUCGAACGAGUCUGAGAUAGAGGAACGUAUAGAACAAGUAGCAGAUUUGGAGGAAGCAGAACCUGCUGCUGCGGCAGAACCAGCUGCAGCGGAGGCUGCGCCGGCAGAAGCACCAGCGCCAGCUCCAGAGCCAGUUGCAGCACCAGAGCCUGCACCACCAGCUGCUGAAGAGCCAGCUCCACCACCACCACCACCAGCUGAAGAGCCUGCUCCGCCAGCGGCUGAGGAGCCACCCGCAGAGCCCGAAGCUGAGCCUGCCGCCGCAGAGGAGGCGCAGGCUGACUAGAAGGCUUUACCUGUUGCCCGCCAGUUUAAGUUUGAUUCUUUUUUGUUUGCUGUUUACUUUUAGCUGAAAAAAAAAUUGUAUGUGUAUAAUAGACAAACAGGAAGGCUACCCCACCACAGUGGGGGAGGAUGCAUUGCGCAUUUGCUUGUGGUAGGCAACGAGGUAGCCGCAGAUACUUUUCACUCAUGCACACUUUACACUCACAACAAAUCUCAGCGUGUGCAGCUGGCACAUUCAGACAGAACGUAAUCCUAUCCAUGGCACAAUAAACAGGCAAAGUGCACAAGUCAAAUGCGUUUUGUUGCUUGGAUAGAUAGUUAAGGAUGUGGGAGCUCAAGCACCUGUGCGAAUGGCGGGAAUGGGCAAA